UUUCGUUCAUUGAAGUAAAGGAACGAAAAAUGUCAGACGUGAGAGAUUGGUUUAAUUCUUUACCGUUUUUCACAAGAUAUUGGCUAUUAUGUACAGGUUUAUUUACAUUAAUCGGUAGAUUCGGACUUAUCAGUCCCCGUUCACUGAUUCUUACGUACGAUCGUUUUGUAAAUAAUUUCGAAAUAUGGAGAGCGGCGACCAGUGUCUUCUUCUACCCUCUCAGUCCGGGCACAGGCUUUCAUUUCUUAAUCAAUUGUUAUUUCCUGUAUAAUUAUUCACUGAGGUUAGAACGCGUAGAGUACGAUGGGCGACCAGCAGAUUAUUGUUUUCUGCUCUUGUUCAAUUGGAUCUGCUGCGUUGUCAUAGGACUUCUUGGUGAAUUUUACGUCCUUAUGGAUCCUAUGGUACUCAGUAUAUUGUAUGUCUGGUGUCAGUUGAAUAAGGACGUUAUUGUUAACUUCUGGUUUGGUACACAGUUUAAGGCAAUGUACUUACCAUGGGUACUAUUCGCAUUUAAUCUAAUUAUCUCUGGAGGUGGUAUGAUGGAACUCUUUGGCAUUCUAGUUGGACACCUGUACAUAUUCUUAAAGUUCAAAUAUCCUCAAGAACUUGGUGGCCCGGAAUUGUUGAAAACCCCAAAGAUAUUAGAAUCUUACUUUCCACCUCAAAGGGCUGGAAUCAGAUGGUUCGGAGCACCUCCUCAAAGAGCACAACCACAACCUAACAGAAACAUGUUUGGUGGUCAUAACUGGGGGCAAGGGCAUGUGUUGGGACAAUAAACUAUUAACUUUAUUAUAA